UGGGAAGAGUGUCAGGGAGUGUGUACUUCUGUUUUAAGACCACCACAUGGCUGUGUGACAUCUGUGUAGAUGUGUUCAGAGGUGAAACAUUCCCAAUAGAAAGGUGAGCCAAAUGUCAACGCUCAGGAAACCUGAACUCUGUGUGCUGACCAUGGAGGAACUGAAGCAAGACCGAAGCAGGCUGGGACCGUGACCCUUCCAGGUGUGAAUUAAGAAACAGGUCUGCUGAAGACAGAGCCAGUGGCCGAGGAAGGAGAGGAUGCGGUCACGAUGCUAAGUGCCCCGGAGAACCUGUCAGAGGAAGAGCAAGAAGAGCUGAGACGGGAGCUUGCUAAGGUGGAAGAAGAAAUCCAGACUCUGUCUCAAGUGUUGGCAGCAAAGGAGAGACACCUUGCAGACAUCAAGCGGAAACUUGGGAUCAGCUCGCUUCAGGAAUUCAAGCAGAAUAUCGCCAAAGGGUGGCAAGACGUGACCGCGACUUCUGCAUACAGGAAGACGUCUGAAACCUUGUCUCAGGCUGGACAGAAGGCUUCUGCUGCAUUUUCAUCGGUUGGCUCAGUCAUCACCAAAAAGCUGGAAGAUGUAAAAUUGCAAGCCUUUUCACAUUCCUUUAGUAUCCGCUCCAUUCAGCAUUCCAUUAGCAUGCCUGCUAUGAGAAACUCCCCAACUUUCAAGUCAUUUGAAGAAAAGGUUGAAAACUUAAAGUCUAAAGUAGGCGGAGCCAAGCCUGCUGGUGGUGAUUUUGGAGAAGUCCUGAAUUCCACAGCAAGUGCUACCAGCGCCAUGUCCACGGAGACACCUCCAGAACAGACGGAGGAGAACCCCUGAGUUGCUGACCUGUGUUCUGCUGCCCACUGCCAGGUGCUGCAAGUGAGAUCCAAGCACAUCUUGUUCAUGGCUGCAGAUUUCUACCAGAUGUGCUUUGAUGUAGCUUUACUUAUUUCUUUGACCAAAUAGUUUGUGAAUUAAACAAAGCGAAAGCACUUUCACCUCCACUCCAGGGAAACCCCCUUUAAUGUUCACGAAUGCCCCUUUGGAUAGGAAACAGCAUCACAGAACCUCGGGCAGUCCCCGAGGUACUCACCGAAUGACAGGAAGCUGCAGGUGACCACUGCGGUUUUUACUUUACAAAAUCCCUCUACACCUGGGAUUCUAGUUUGAUCCUUUCCUAUACAAGUCUUUUCUUUUUUUUUUUUUCCUUUCUGAGUCUCUGUAUACUUGAUUUCUAGCUAAAAUUGUUCUUUUGUAAAUUCUGGUUAUUACAAGUUUUGGGAUCAUUUUGUUACUUUUAAGGGAGAAAGUACCAGCUACAUUUUUCCCCCCUGGAUAAACAGUUUUUGUACGAGGACCAUAUCUUGGGUUUCUGAACACACCAGACUAAAGGAGAGAGGUGUAUAUGUACUUAAGCAGUUCUGUAAGUUAAAUUUAUGCAGAAACUCAAACUACCAAUGGCAUGAGUAUGGGGUCCCCUCCUAUAUCCUUGGUAAUUAGCAGCUACCAUUUCAACAUAUUGAUUAUUUAUUAUGCCACUCUUACACAUUUUUUAUAAGAUUAAAAUUUCAGGUAAAUUGACAGAAUAACAUUGUGAAUCAAGCAUAUGAUAUUAUUGUAAGUUGAAAUGUGACCACACUCGUCAAUGAUAGUUCCAAAAGUCUGAAAGGUCUUUGGGUCUAAAUAGCUGUAAAAAAUGCUAAAGUCGAUCAUCUUAGGGGAAAUUACUGCCUCCAUUAAAUCCAUUUAGCGCCCAUUAGGAAGCACAAAAAGUUCUAUGAGAAGUACAACUUGAAUAUUUUUUAUACUAAGGUAUUGUUGAUAACUCCGAAGGAUGUAAGGCAUUAAUACAAAUGAGCUCAUCAUGCUGUACAUGUUUUCAGUGUGUUAGCAAUGUAAACUGUACUGUAGGCAUUGCCCCUGCUUGAGAACCCUUGGGGCUUGCGAGUCAAAGCUUCCAGAUGUCUCUGCUAUGCUCCUUUAUUAACUGUGGUAACUACUGACUCACCACCAUUCCCUUCUGCCGUGUUUGUGGCCUAGGAGAUUCUGUCUGUUAUUUAUCUAUUGUGGUUGUUUUAUCAUUGUCCAUGCCAAAUGUUAAUUGCCAAGUUUGGAGUGACCUAAAGCAUUUUUCAAAAGCAUGACUAAUGUAAUUGAGGAUGAAGUUUCUGCAAACCAAAUUUGAAAAGCCACACGUGUCAGUUGUUACAAAAAGACAUGCUGCCAUUCUUGACUGCUACUUGGAUGCAAUGGAAACCAUGCUCUAUUAUAUGUGACAAAUCUUAAUAAAGUCUGUGUAUCAGUA